CUAAUCCCCAUUUCUUUUCUUCCAGAAGUAUGGGGGUGCUCCAGAUGAUAUGACACUUACAUUGCCUCUGAAGAAAGAACAAAAAAGGAAUUUUAUUGCAUGGGAAUAUUUCUACCUAAUGGCUAAUGUUCAUGAGACAUCUUCCUAUGUUAUGUGCCUGACAUCAUGGAUAUUCUUCUUCUUAAAUCACUGCUUCUGGUACUAGCCAGCUUUUUAAGUGGACUCUUCUGCUGCUACCGUCCAGGUCUCUUUCUGGAUGUGAAAAGAUCAGCCUAUAAAAAACCAAAUUUCAUCAUAAUUUUAGCCGACGAUAUUGGAUGGGGAGAUCUUGGAGCCAAUUGGAACCUGAGAAAUGAUACACCUAACCUGGAUAAGAUGGCGAUGGAAGGAAUGAGAUUUGUAGAUUUUCAUUCAGCUGCAUCCACCUGCUCCCCAUCGCGUGCCUCUCUGCUUACAGGACGCCUUGGCCUUCGAAAUGGAGUGACCCACAAUUUUGCUGUGACGUCAGUGGGAGGCCUCCCGUUGAAUGAGACAACAUUAGCAGAAGUCCUAAAGGAAGCUGGCUACCUCACUGCUGUGAUAGGGAAGUGGCACUUAGGACAUGAAGGACGUUAUCAUCCCAAUUUUCGUGGGUUUGAUUAUUACUUCGGGAUACCCUACAGCCAUGAUAUGGGAUGCACAGACACACCAGGCUAUAAUUUGCCUCCCUGCCCAGCUUGCGCACGGAACCCUAUGACUGGAAGUAACCAUCAGAAAAGCUGCUAUUCAGAGGUUGCAGUUCCUCUUUUUGAAAACCAUGCAAUUGUCCAACAGCCUGUUGAUCUAGCCAGCCUGACUGCAAAAUAUACAGAGAAAGCCAUCCAGUUCAUCAACCAUUCAAGCCAGAAGAGUCGGCCUUUCCUCCUAUACCUCGCUCUGGCUCAUAUGCAUGUACCUUUAGUAUCACCCAAGUCACCACAGAGGUUGCCCCAUCAAGAUCCAUAUGGAGCAAACCUGCAGGAGAUGGAUGCCCUGGUGGGACGCAUUAAGGACAAAAUUGACAGCAUGAAGGAAGACACUUUCCUCUGGUUCACAGGAGACAAUGGCCCUUGGUCUGAGAAGUGCCAGUAUGCGGGGAGUGUUGGUCCAUACACUGGAAUAUGGCAAAGAAAGAGAGGUGGUAGUUCAGCAAAGCAGACAACGUGGGAAGGGGGACACCGCGUUCCUACGCUGGCCUAUUGGGUAGGAAAGAUCCCAGGAAAUGUGACAAGCCCUGUGCUAUUAAGUCGUGCCCGACUCUUCAUGACCCCAUGGACCAGAGCACACCAGGCCCUCCUGUCUUCCACUGCCUCCCGGAGUUGGGUCAAAUUCAUCUUGGUAGCGUGGUCUGCAAGCCAACGAAGAGACGUUCAGGGAGAUCCCCUUGCUCUGAGAGCCUCUGACCUGCAACAAGAUUCCCAGGUGCCCAGCCCCUCAUGUGGCAUUUUAGACAUAUUUCCUACCUUGGUGUCUCUGGCAAAUGCAAGCCUCCCUCCCAGCAGACGGUUUGACGGCAUGGAUGUGUCUGAAAUUCUCUUUGGACAGUCGAACAAAGGGCACAAGGCUGGCCCUGUGUGUGUUGUCACAUGGAAGGAACUCAUCCAUGAGGGGGACGAUACUUGGAACCAAUCCACUAAGCAUACGGGGGUCCUGCUGUUCCUGAAUGGAAAAGUAGACACAAUCCCAGAGGCCCAGACAUUGUUCCAUCCUAAUAGUGGGGCAGCUGGAAAAUAUGGAGAGAUACAGGCUCUUCGACUUGACCAAUACAAGGCAUUUUAUCUCACAGGUGGUGCUAAGGCCUGUGACGGACGUAUUGGAAAAGAACACCAUCACCAGCCACCUCUCAUUUUUAACUUGGAGAAUGACAUUCAGGAGCAGCAACCCCUGGACAUUCAUAGUGAAGAGUACCAAGCUGUCUUGCCAGCAGUAAGGGAGGCUCUGGCAGACGUUCUUCAGGAUAUUGCGACAGACAACGUAUCUGUAGCUGAUUAUGCUCAUGACCCAGCUGCGACGCCCUGUUGCAACCCACAUCAUGUGGUCUGCAGGUGCUAGUUGCCUUAUUCUGAUUUAAUCCUUGGAAAUUGUUUGAAAGAUACUGGAUGGAUACAUAGACUUCAAAAAGGAUGGGUACUAUCUGCACCAUUUUUUCAAAGCCUGAACAAUUCCAAGGAAUAUUAGGAUGUAGAACUCUGUUAUGUGACAACAGGGAAGUGUUUUUCUAAAUAAAUUGCAAAAUGUAGGACAAUUGCCAUUUAUUUAUUCUUUUACAUAAAAUUACUAAAAUCACUUGA